AAUGCUUCCUUUCCAACUUGUAAAAUUCUAACAAAAUACUUCAUUGGUUUUAAAGGUUCUGUCAUGAUUCAUAAUCUUGUAUUUACUCAAGCUAAUUGGAAUUAUUAUAAACACUAAGGUAUUUAGUACUGUUGACCAUGGAUGUAAUUUUAGUUACUUUUGUUCCAUCUCAUUAAAAAGGACAUUUACUUUGUUAAGGGGUAAUGUGAGUAGAAGUAUACAAGGGUCCGUGUGGGUGGAUUUCGUAAAUCCAGAUAUAAAAACCAAAAUAUUACUUGCGGGUGGAUUUCUACUCGAAGCACAGAAGCUUAAAUUUGAAAAGAAUAAGCUAGGGAACCAGCAAGGCUUAGAACUUCAAAAGGAGGUCUAUUCAUCAUCUCUUUCACGGUCAAUCAAAUAUGAGUUUUUACUCAGCGCUUCCACGGGAUCACCUGCAACACAAAAAGACAUAAUGUUGUUAUACUAUGACACAAUAAAUAAGAAUGACUCGGUUUAGAAGGAAUAAUAAUAUUUUCAUAAUGGUUGUAACUUGUAACCUUUGAUGUCAAGCUUGAAACGUUUCCAUGAUCCCUUGGGACAUAUUAUGAUAUGCGCUAAUUUUUGUUGCUCGAUUUGCAGCUAAGACUUUCAAAAGAUCACAAGAAUCAGAGGUAAGAUACGAAAGAAUUGGGAACAGGACCUGUCAUUCAAUUAGUGAGCCACUAGACUAAACUAAAUCAUCGACAAUCACGACUUUAACCAAAAGAAGAUUCGACUUACUUAAAGAAACUUCCUAAAAAAUAUAAAUUUUAUUUAUAAUCAUUGAUCAUAUUAGCCUCUCCACUUGAAUCCGGUUCUAUUUAAACAGAACAGAGAAGUAAAACAAGAACCGUGUCUAUUUUCCAGCGACAGUGUCUACAAAUGGAAGCAUCAAAAAUGUGUUUUGGUCUUAAAACUCUCCCUAACGUUCACAACGGCCCUCUCUGUCAUAACACCAACCUCUCUCUCAUUCCUUGCGAUUUGCUUCAAAAUAACACUCUUUUCUCCCAGAAACCCACAAAACACUUGUUAUGUGUAAAGGCUGAGAGUAGUGGCGAUCUUGAGAGUACUCGUCCAUUGACGUAUUUUCCUCCAUCUACUUGGGGAGAUUACUUCCUCUCUGUUCCCGUCGAUGACUCUGAUUUUGAGGCACUUGAGCAAGAAAUUGAAUCUGUGAUGAAGCCUAAAGUAAGAGACAUCCUCAUGCGUCCUUACAAUAGCGACAAGGAGAAGAUUCGUAUUAUCCAUUUGCUUAUCAGCCUUGCAAUCGCUCACUAUUUUGAGAGCGAAAUAGAAGAGAUUCUACACCAGGCUUACCAAAAGCUGGACGAGUUAAUUUCAGAAGAAGGUGAUCUGGAAACAAUUGCAAUCAUGUUUGAAGUUUUCAGACUAUACAGACACAAGAUGUCUUGCGGUAAAUUGACCACUUUUUUUUUAAUGUGUUUUAUCAGUUUUCUUUAUUCACACACACACAUAUAUAUACAGUGGGAUCUUGGUGCCAUGGAAGAACUACCAAGCUCUAUGAGAAUCAUCUACCAAAGUGUGUUAAAAACGGUUGAAGAUAUUGAUCGAGAAAUGAAAGCUCGAGGAAAAUUCGGUAGUUUGCAACCAACUAUAGAUGAGACUAAGAGUCUGAUGAUAUUGUAUGUGGCGUUAGCAAAAUGGGCACACGCAGGUCACGUGCCAAGCUUUGAGGACUACAUGGAGAUUGGUAUCUCCACACCUGGACUGGAUGACAUGGCAGCCUACGGAUUUAUAUCGAUGGAUGAUUGUGAUGAGAAGCAAUUGAAUGAGUGGUUCAGCUCCAAACCCAAAAUAUUUGAAGCUUUAAAUACUGCAUUUCGUCUUAGAAAUGACAUUGUCACUUUUGAGCAAGAGCUGAGCAGAGGACAGGUGGCUAAUGGCGUCAACUGUUACAUGAAGCAACAUGGUGUUACCAAAGAAGCAGCGGUUGAAGUAUUGAGGAAGAUGGAACCAGGUAAUUAUAAGAUAAUGAUGGAGGAAUUUGUUUCGUCAAAAGCUAUGCCACGACAAAUUCUGGUGCGAGCAGUCAACAUUGCACGUGUGAUGGAUUUGUAUUACAAGGAUGGUGAUGGAUAUAGUCAUCCUGAUCAAAACCUAAAAGACCUUAUUGUCUCUUUGUUCCUCUGUUCAAUUCCUCUUUGAAAACUUAUGAAAGAGUGAAUUUGGGAGAUAUAUAAAAUAAUGAAUAGACUAAAAUGUCAUUCUGUUAUCCUCAACAUUUCUCUCCUUAGUUUUUUAUAUUUCACGUGCGUUGAGAAUUACUCGUGCCCCUUUCAUACUUUUUGGUUUGUUUAUUGCACAUUUAAAAGAAAUUAUUCGAUCUUGGACGCUUAUUGCAUAUGACAUGUAUUUUAUAAAAAAAAAAACAAGCACAAAAUAGAAUGUUAUGUAUGAACAAAGAAUGUUGAUGACCCAAAACAAGUAGAUGUUGUUAAUUUCUCCAACCUUCUUGACGAGUUGAUGUCCACAUGGAAAGGUUUCAUUUGACGUAAUUUAAAUAUUUUAGCUUAUGGUUUACCUUAAAAUGUUGACUUUAGCAUGUUGAUUCUUUUGUAAACGAUUGUCCUCCAAAAUAGGUGAUCAACUGACCACAGAAAAGGGGUUUGCCGUCAUAUGGGAGCAAUAAAAAGCUCACUGAUGCAAGAAACCUUCUCCCAUUCAAAAAGAACUACGUUAUUGUAUGCCCUUUGGGAAAUAUGGAGUGAUAGAGAAAAAAACAUCGUUUCAAGUGAGCUGCAAAACUGGAAGUAGAUUUCUCUUAUUAGCUGGAAGAUCCCAAAUCCUGCUGGUUUGAACUCUCUCCCAUUCUACGUCUCUGUCAAUCGAUCUGUAGUCGUUCCUGGAGAUGCAGACAGUAUUUGAAAAGCAGUCGGGGUAGAUAUUUUAGGAGACCUUGUUAUAUGACAUAUAGAUAUUAAAAAUUAUAGAGUUUAUAAUUGAUCAAGAUCAAGGAUGCUAAAUGACAUAAAAAUUUGAAUGACCAAUUAAAUUAUUAUUUAUAUUUUAGGAGAUCACCCAAAAAUAGAUCAUUGAAUAUAACUAAUAAUAAAAAAAGAAUUAAUCAUUUUUCUAUUAUAGUGAAUAAUAUGUAUAUCCAAAGAUAACAUAUUUAUUUGAGUAGUGUUGAUUUAAUUAAUAUUAAAGAAUAUAUAAUUAGUAUCAGUGAAGGUAUCUAUAUUUAAAUAUUGUCCAAAGGUUAUUUAAAAUAUAAGUGUUAAAGUUUUUAUUAGUCUGAAUAUAUAUUAAAGUCUCAAAGUACUAACGGGUAAACAUGUAUGAAUGCUUGCAGCUUCAUCAAAUGUGUUUGCAUAUGCUAACUCUGUGGUAAAGUUUAAUGGCCUCAACUAUGGUGAGUGGUUUGAGCAAAUCCAGUUUACACUGGGUAUAAUGGCUUUAGACACCGCCAUACUAACUGAUAAGGAACCCUUUGCUAUUACAGUAGAUAGCUCUGAAUCUGAAAUGUCUCAUUAUGAGAGAUGGGAGCGAUCUA